GUUGAGAGAAAAGAAAAGCCAAAAAAUAACCCUGAGCGUUUAACUAGGAUUGCAUGCUUACUCAGAGUACGUCUGGGGCGUGAAAGCGUGGUCGUGCGAAACCUUCAUAAACAGCUACAAGCUGAAAGAGACGCUAACAAAAACAGGGAUGAUACCCUCGCAACUGCUGAUGCUGACGAGAUCAGAGAAUUGCGUGAGGAAAACUCAAGUCUCCGAGAGAGAAUUGAGAAAGAAGCUGAACAGUGUGAAAACCUUAGAUCUGAUCUAGAUCUGGCUUCUUACGGACUCCAGCAAGCUAAAAAUGAGCUGGAAAAUCAAAUGCACAUGAACGCAAUAA